UGCCAACCAAUUAGGAAAGACCACGGGGCGUCAGGCAGCCAAUCGGAAAAUGACUAAUCGGCCAGAGCGGAAGAAAAGGCGAGGCGCGCUAGCAGAAGGGGGAGACGCCGGGAGAGUUCUAGGAAGCGAGGCCAGGAGAAGGUCGGCCAGCGGACCGGGAGUUGAAGACGGGCCGUCGGGUUCCGGACCCGAGCCACCAGGACUUCACCCGACCGGGGCCUCCAGCCAACCCGUUCCUGUGCGUCGCCAGUCUACCCGAGCGUGCCGCCAGCUGCUCAAGGCCGGCGAGCUUCUGUGCCCGUGGGCAGGACGAGAGCAGUCGAGCUACGGGCCGGAGUUCUACGCCCAGCUGCCCGGCCAGAACGCCACCGCCGUCUGCUCGUGCCGCCAAGCCGCCUGCCUUCUAUCUCCAAGCCAGAGCAAGGGCGCUCCGGUUGCCCGGUCAACCAUCCUACACCCCGAUCUUUGGUGUGACCACGAGUGGCGUCGUCUUCUUGACACCUGUACGAGUGUGCGUGCCGUGCCGACGGCCCCGCAAAUCUCUCGGGCGAGCUGGCAGGCGCGGCGGCCACAGUGGAGAAGCGGGGCAUUCUGGCUGGCUGGGCUGCAGGUCCUCAGUUGCAUGGACGCCGGCGCUGAGGCUGGAGAAAGCAGUGCCCCACAGACAGGUUGGCCGAGAGCGCAAUUGAAAUGUUUCGCACAGUGAUCACCCUUCUCGCCGCGGGAACCGCGCUGGCCGCGUACCUGGACGACGAGAAGCCUUAUGAAAGAAGCGAAGCCAUGCGCCUGGAGCGCCACUCGCCCUACCACUUCGAGCGCGACGUGCCGCGCCCACGGCUUCCGCCGCGGUACUCGGCCGAACGUGGAUGGUUCAGCCGCAGCCUGCCGGCGGGCAGGGCGGCGCGCGUUAGGCCGGGCCCCAUCUACAUAAUCCGCACGCUAAACCCGGAACCAGGUUCCGGGCAACAGGAGACAGCCAUCGAGCCUUCACAAUGGCAGGCUCCACCACUGGUUUACCGGGCGGCGCCCAAGGCCCUCUCGAUCGCCGAAGGCAGCAACGUGCAGUACGUGGUCUUCGUCGACCGCAGCGCCCUCCCCAUCGACGAGCCAACGUUGGUGGACGCCUACCACGGCCGGCUGCGGAAACUUCACCGCUGGAACCCGGAGCUCUACAAAGCGAAGGCUUAAAAUGCCCUUCAACGUUCAUAGCCCCUUCAUCAAAUCCAGUAAUUUAUUAGUAAAUCGCAGUACCUCGUCAUCUACGCUUUAGUGCAAGAGGUGCGCAAACGCUCGUGUCUCUGAAUUCUGUUACGCAACAGGUGUGUGUUUUAGAGCAUCUUGAGAAUUAAUAAAAAGUGAUAUA